AUGCAUUCCAUGAUUUCCAUGAAAGAUAGUCGAAAAUAUUUAUUUCGUUUGUUUCGAAAGAUUUUACCACCAGGAUUUGAAAAGCGGAUAACGUACGAUGAUCUGAAACAAGAAGUUGAAUGGGAGAAACAGUUACUUAAAGCUGAUGCCAUGGAAGAAUCCUAUGAAAAAAUGAAGACUAAAUUACGCGAUGAGAAGCUAAGAGAAGAAGCCAGACAAUUUACUUAUGAUAAGUUAACAGGUAAUACACAGAAAGACAGAGAUGCUCGUGCUGAUAAAGAAGAAUCGAAAAGAAUUAUUGACAGAUUAGUUGCUGAAGAAAAGAAACAGAUAGAAAAGGAAGCAGAAGAACGUAAACGUAUAAAUGAAAGAAUAAGAAGAGAAUAUCAAGAGUUUAUUGAACAGUGUGAAAAAGACAAAGCUAAAAAAGAUGAUGAAAUUGAAUUUGAACGUCAAUUGUUAGAAGAAUUUAAUGCCUACAAUAAUCGUCUAGACGAAAGGAGACAGGUGAAAAGAGAUAAAAUUAAUGAACAAAUUAAAAAACAGGAGGCAGCUGCUGAAGUAAUUGCAAAGUUGAAUGAAGAGCAUGAAAAAGCCCGUUAUGGAUUUUUAGAUAUCAACGAAUCAAUUGAAAAUUCACUUGCUUGUCUUGAAAAUUUGGAUUGGGAAAAAAAUCAAGCUGAGAAACGUAAACAAGUGUCUGAUGAUUUAUGGAAAAAUGCUCAAAACUUAUAUGCUAUUAAAGAGAAGGAAAGGAUGGAAGAAAUCGAGAGGGAACGUGAAAUAGAAAGACAAAUCCUGGAAAAAGCUCAACGUGAAAAGGCUGAAUUAGAGGCUAAAAAACAUGCUGAAAAGAAAAGGUUAAAUGAAGAAAUGAAGAAAUAUUGUCAAGAACAUAUGAAACAGAAUCAGUUAAGAUUGUGUAAGGAGAAAGAAGAAUAUGAAAUCUACUUAAAAGAAUUAGAGAAACAUCGAGCUAAAGUAGAAGCUGAACGACAAGCAAUGUUAAAUGAAUAUGCAGAAUAUUUAAAAAAUGAUGCAUGCGGAGAUACUAAAUAUUUUACUGCUUCUCGAAGAGAUCUGCUGAAAUACACGAAUACAGGAUCGAACACAGUGCAUAAAGAUUUACAAAUACAGUUUAUGCAACUAAAAGUAAUCAAUACAAAAAUGUUUGAUUACAUAAUAAGGGUGACAGUAAUGAUAAUAAUACUAUUAAUGCAUAUAAAGACAGCUGAAAAUUCACCUUAUGAAUUACUUCCAUUAUUUGCUAUAAAAGAUUUUACAUCAGUGAAUUUAGAAUAUGGUUUUCCCGCCAAUUUUAUUGGUGGUAUAAUAUUAACUGUCAAGUUAAACUUUAAACAAUGUCAUCGAUCAAUAGAUUCAAUAGCCCUGGACAAUGAUUGUCAAGCAUUGUACAUUCCAUCUUAUUGUCAUUUUGCCUAUAAACAAAUUGAUUUACUGAAAAAUAUGAGUUCAAAGAAGAAUAUACCAUGUAAUAAAUAUAUUCAAAGUGAAUUAGGCUCAAAUGAUUGGGUGAAACAAGCCUAUCAGAAGACUACACAAAUUGUUAAUAUUCAAACCAAUGAAAUAUAUGUUACCGCCAAAAGUGCAACUAGAACUAUGACUCCUCCUCCUGCUGCCGCACCUGCUCCUUCUCCUUCUAAUACUACUGAUAAUGCUAAUAUGAGUAGUCCAACUACCACAACAACAACUACUACUGCGUCUACUACUUCUACUGAUAUCAGUAGUAUGAAUAAAAUUACUGCUUUUUUUCAAAAAUGUGGACAAAAUUCAGAAAAUUUAUUGAAUGAUUCUUUUAUACCAUUAUGUGAUUGGGAGGCAUAUUUAAAACUGUUUACUAGUACUGCUGAAACGACUACUAAUACUACUACUACUACUGAUUAUGAAGAACCAUCAACUUAUGGUGAAUUAAAUACAAGUUCAGAGUAUUCAGCACUAUACUGGUAUUAUUUUUGUUCAAUCACUUGGAGUGAACUUCAAAGGAGAACAAGUAUUACAACAAGACAUCCACUGUGCCCUAAUCCAUGUUCUUAUGGUGCUGGUAAAUGUGCUGGUAUCCCACAUGUUCGACAAUCAAUGAUUAGUGUUAUUCAACCAAAUUAUGUGACAAUGACAAAUUGUUUAACAACUGGAUUAGGUUUAUUCGAGAAUGAGUACAAGUGUAUAUGUGAACCAGGUUAUUCAUGGAGUUCAGAUACCAAAUCAUGUGAAUUAGAAGAUCCGUGUAUAGCUGAUGAAAUAUUAGCAAAGCGAAAUAACAAUACGAAAGAUUCAGAUAGAUUAUGUGAUCCUAAAGGAACUCUGAGGUGUAUUUAUACACCAUAUUUCAAGGGCCGUCAAAUUACUUCAGAUUCAAUGUAUCUUUAUCAUUCGUCAUUGAAUUUACAUUAUUCUUGUAUAUGUCAUCCGAAAUAUAUGGGUUAUCGAUGUGAUCGAUUACGUAAUCCAUGCAUUGAAAAUAUUUUACCUGGUCGUGUAUCUGGUAAUGAAGCAUGUCGUACAUAUUUAGGAAAUAGAUGUAAUCCAGUGAAUGGUUCAAAUUAUUACACAUGUACCUGUAUUGGUGAUUAUAAAUAUUCACCAGAAUAUCCAUUUUAUAACUGUUAUGGACGUAAAAGUAUCUGUGAUAAUGUAAUCUGUCGAAAUAGAGGAACGUGUAUUUCAAGCCAAGAUGGUUAUAAUUUUAUUUGUCAAUGUCAAUACGGUUGGGGUGGUAGGUACUGUGAAGAACCGGAUAUUCGGCAAUGGCUUCCAUGGGAAUCAUGGACAACAUGUUCAGCUCCUCUAUGCGGUGGUCAAGGCUGGACAAGUCGUAAACGAAGGUGUCGUGUGCCAGUUAAUGAAACUACUGGUUUAGGCAAGUGUUCAGGCAAUACACUUGAACUUCGUCCAUGUAAAACUGGGUAA